GAUUCACGCACUUUAACCAGAGCAUCUGGUUGUCCGGAAUCGUAGUGAAGGCAAGGCUUGCUAACCGGCAUAAAUCACAAGAAGAAGAAUCGAAGUAAAGAUACCUGUGAAGCCCUUUAAACAUGAAUUUUCAGGGAUAUGGUGCACCAGCUGCCGUCGGGUAUGGAAGUGGAUUUCCUGGACAACAGCAGCAGGACCCUCUGUAUGGAUACUUUGCUGCAGUUGCUGGUCAUGAUGGUCAGAUAUCUGCAGAGGAACUUCAAACUUGUCUAACUCAGGCCAACUUCUCUGGUGGCUACAGACCUUUCAACCUUGAGACAUGUAGACUGAUGAUCAGCAUGCUUGAUAGAGACAUGUCUUGCUCCAUGGGUUUCAAUGAGUUUAAGGAGUUGUGGGCAGUACUUAGUGGAUGGAAGCAGCACUUCAUGAGCAUCGACAGAGAUAUGAGCGGCACAGUUGACUCGCAGGAAAUGAACCUGGCUGUCUCCUCUAUGGGAUACAGGUUAAGUCCUCAAACCAUGAGCUGCAUAAUAAAGCGUUUCAGCUCUAAUGGAAAGAUCUCAUUUGAUGAUUAUGUUGCCUGCUGUGUCAAACUGAGGAGCUUGACUGAUCUGUUCAGCAAGAGGAACCAGGUCCAACAGGGAAUGGCAGCAUUUCAAUAUGAUGAUUUUAUCCAGUGUACCAUGAGCAUCUAAAAGAAGGAUCCAUGAUGCCCGUUUUCCCCAAUCUGAAAGACUACAGAUCAUAAAGGAUGGGGAUGGGAACAAUGGGUCUUGACAAGCCUGAAUAUAAUAGUCAUUCUAUAAUUAGGGGUACAUUUCAUAUCAACCUAUAAGUGAAGAAAUCAGUGUGUUUUUUUGCUAAAUAUUCUACUUGUUUCCAUAAUAUAUCACUGGAAUGUGCAAAAUUCAUUAAUUGGCAAGCUUAAGCUCAAAUGAUAACUUAAAUAUUUAAAUCAAAAUAAACGUAUGAUUCAUUAUUUUGUCAAAUGUGUUACAGACAAAAGUUGUAUCAUAGAAGACAUGAAUGAAAUACUAAGCAUUUGAUAAAACAUUUGUUUGCAAGUUCUUUAGUCUAUUCUUCAGUGUGUUUGUGGUUGUUUGUCGAACUGCUUUUAAAAUAUGAAUUUUAAGCUGGAUAAUUGAUAUUCUGUGGGAUAGUAUCAUCAAGGAUUUUUUUAUCCACAUUACGUUGAAUUUAGAGUUAUUCAACAUUAUUAUGUCAGACCUUGCGCUCUAAAAAUGUCCCCCGUCAUUUUUAUUACAGUUCAGCCAACAUUUAAACAAAUUAUGGCACAAAAAUCCCAUGUAACACAGUUGACAACAAAAUAACACAGUUGACAACAAAGUAACACAGUUGACGGGAAGCAUUAGGAAAAGAAGAGAGAAACCUUGCUUUAUGAUAAAAACUUUAUUUUGAUAACAAAUCUACAAUCUGUCAGAUGCAAUUAAGGCAUGCCACUUUUCUCGUUGUUUCUUUAAAUAUGCAGCCCUUUUCUCAGGAUCAGCAUCACGCCGAGCCCUGUACUGGCGCUGCUUCUCGGCAGCAGAUAACCUCAUCUCUCUAGA